AUGUCCGUCAAGAUUACUAGUUACACCGUUCAUGAUCUCCGCUUUCCCACCGAUGUAUACGGUGACGGUACCGACGCUAUGAAUAAAAGCUGCGACCACUCUAUGGCAUACAUCAGAGUGAACACUAAUUCCGACCUGAAGGGAUCAGGAAUGACUUUUUCUAUCGGUAGAGGCAAUGAUAUCCUUUGUUACGCUAUAUCUCAGAUCGCCGAACGGAUCAUUGGCAUGGAUGUGGAAGAAAUUUUUGGUGAUAUGGGCGCCUUUUGGGAGUAUAUCGUUGUCGCCGAUCCUCAACUCAGAUGGUUGGGACCAGAAAAGGGAGUGAUGCAUCUAGCAAGUGCAGCGGUAGUCAAUAAGCUAUGGGAUAUGUAUGCGCUGUCGCGUAAGAAGCCCCUCUGGAAGCUUAUUGCGGAUUUCACCCCUGAAGAAUUUGUAAAAGCAGCUGCAUUCAAAUAUGUGGAAGACACAUUGUCUAAGGAAGAGGCGCUUGCAAUUUUGAAGGAUGGACAGGCUCGAAAAGAAGCUCGGAUACAGGAAGUGGUUGGCAAGGGAUAUCCAGCUUACACCACGAGUGCGGGUUGGUUGGGAUACUCGGAUGAGAAAGUAGAACGGCUGGUUAGAGAUGCCUUAGGAAAGGGAUUCAAUCACAUCAAGCUUAAGGUUGGGGCAAACCGAGAUAAUGACCUACGAAGAUGCGAGCUCGUUAGAUCUAUCAUCGAUAACCCAGACAACAUGCCUACCGGUUUCCAUGUAGAUCCAAGCAGUAUUGUCGGGAAGAACGCAGGUCCUACUGGCUGUGUUUUGAUGGUUGAUGCCAAUCAGGUAUGGACUGUCAGUGAAACGAUUGACUACAUGACUCAUCUGGCGCCUGCCAAACCCUGGUUCAUCGAAGAGCCGACUGCCCCUGAUGACGCCGUUGGACAUGCAAAGAUCAGAAAAGCUCUCAAGCCCAUGGGGAUCAAAGUUGCUACUGGGGAGCAUACGCACAACAGGAUGGCGUUCAAGCAGUUCUUCGAGCUUGAGGCCUAUGAUGUGUGUCAGAUGGACGCUGUGCGUGUUGGUGGCUUUAAUGAAGUUUUGACGAUUCUCCUAAUGGCGAAGAAGUAUGGAGUACCGGUGUGCCCACAUUCAGGAGCUGUCGGCCUGAUGAAUUAUCAUGUACAUGUUUCGCUAAUCGACUUCGUGUGCGUCACUGGUGAAAUGGAACACAACGUCCUAGAAUAUGUAGACCAUCACUUUGUACAUGACCCAUUUAUACAUCCUGUAGGACCAGUCAAUGCCAGGGGCAGAUAUCCUGUACCUCUUGACCCAGAGGUCGGCGCGUCCAUUGCGAUCUUCGACAAAACCAUCGAAAAGUUCUCGCAUCCACACGGAUCUUACUGGGCUGCGCAUUUACGGGGAGAGGAUACCCAGCAGGCGCUUGAUGCGUGA